AUGACUUUCUUCCCCGAGCAGUACCAGGCCGGCGUGGGCCCAGACGGUGUUCCUUACAUGCUGCCGACCACGCUGAGCCAGGUGGCUCAUGAACAGCAGCAGUUCCUGCAAAUGCAGCAGCCGCCCAUGCACAUGCAGCAGGCCGUGCCCACCAUGCAAGCGGUGCACCAGCAGCAGUACCAGCAGCAGGCUUUCAUCCCUAUUGGGGGCCUGCAGCAGCCGGCCAUCCCCCAAUAUUACUACCCAACCCCCUACAGCGCCUUCCCGGGCGCUGCGCCCCUCGCCACGUUUGACGUUGUGGCCGCCGCCGCGCAGCCGCCGCCGCAGCUCGCACCCCCCGCCAACCCGCGCGGCGCCGGCGCCCGUGGCCGCCGGCAGACGCCCAGCGGCAGCGGCGGCGGCGACGGCGGCAGCCAGGCCGGCGGCAGCAUGGGGUGGCCGCCGGGCGUGAGUGUGGGCGCCCUUGCAAGCAGCUCGGUCGGCUUGGGCAUGCUGGGAAUGGAUGCCAUGGGAAUCCAGGGUGUGCAGGGCAGCUUCGUGGCGAUGACUGUGGAGGACAUCCUCGCGGUGCUGCAGGCGCUGCCUCGUGGCCGCUCCGCCGUGCAGGCGGUGGGGCACUGCCUCGGGUGCCUUGACAGCAGGGCGCUGGCGGCACUGUUUAAAGAGCUGCACAAGAGCAGCCUGCAGGGGCUGGCCAUAGAGCUGUUUGAUUGGCUGAGAGGCAUGCCGCCCGGGCAGGAGCUCACGUCGCUGCUGGACGUCUACACCUACACCACCAUGAUUGCCCAGUGCACAGGCCCGUCGCAGCUGCGGCGCGCGCUGUCCCUCGUCGCCGACAUGCGCGCGCGCGGCAUCGCGCUCAACACGCACACCUACUCGGCCAUCCUCAACGUUUGCAUCAAGGCGGGGCAGCCAGAGCUGGCCCUUGACAUGCUGUCUGAGGGCCUGACCCCCAACCUGGUGACCUACAACACGCUGCUCGAGGUCUAUGCAAAACAAGCCAAAUGGGAGCAGGCCCUCUCCACGCUCGACGCCCUGCAGCGCCAGGGCCUGUCUCCCGAGACGCGCACCUACAACGUCGUCAUGGCGGCCUGCAACGCGGCCGGCAAAUACUCCCAGAGCCUGGCGGUUUUCUCAGCUAUGCUGGCCGCGGGGCGCGCCCCAUCCACCGCGUCCCUCAAUUCGGCGAUCACGGCGCACUGCAGGCUGGGCAGCCUCGACGCCGCCUGGUCCAUACUCCAGGAGAUGGCGGGGCGCGGCUGCGAGCGCACGCCGGCGACGUACAUGGCACUGCUGCACGCGGCAGAGGGCGCCGGCCGCUGGCGCAUCGCGCUGGACGUGCUGGAUGCUAUGGCAGCCGGCGGCGUGCGGCUCACGCCGCAGGCGUACGCCGCGGCGGUCGGCGCGUGCGCGGCAGCCGGCCAGCUGCAGGCCGCCCGCGAGCUGACCGCCAAGCUGCAGGGCGGCCCUCCCGGCCAGGCGCGCACCUGCCUGGCCGCGCCGGCCCACAUGCUGGUGGUGCUCCACGACCGCUGCUGCGACUGGGGCGCUGCGUACGCCGUUUACGAGGGCCUCGCGGCGACGGGCGUGCGGCCGGACGGGCACAUACUGGGGGCGCUGACGAGCGCGCUGUGGGCGGCCGGCGGCGUCGCGGGCUGCCUGCUGGCGCUGCGCGUUUUCGAAGAGGCGUGCAGGAUCGGCGUGUUCAAGCUGACUGUGCGCGUCGACGAGGCGUCGAAGCACGUCGUGUUUGUGCUGCCAGCGGUGGGCCCGGGCAUGGCGAUGAUCGCGCUGUGGCGGCUGUUCCAGGAACUGGCUUCGCGGCUUGAAAGCGACGGGCCCCACAUCCUGCGCCAAAGUGUGAUGCUGCUGGUGGGCCAGGACGACCGAAAGGAGGCGCGCAUGACGGAGGCCAUGCGCACGCUCUGCGCCGCCCAAGGGUCGCCCUUUGUUUUGCUUGAGCCAGAGGACGCAUCCUCCGCCGCAGCCGGCCACGACGCCACCGGCGGCCCCAGCGCCACCGCCGCGCGCCUGACGGCGCGCUCCGACGCGCUCGCGCGCUGGCUGCUGGCUGGCGGGCGGGGCGGCGGCGGCGGCAGCGGUGGCAGCGGCGGAGACGGCGCAGCGAUGAUCUCACGGCCAGAGCCGGUGCUUGUGCCCACAGACGCGCUCGAUAUGGUGUCCCCUCACCUGCUGAUUGCGCAGCAGCAGGACGCAAUCGCUGCAGCCGCCGCGGCGUACGCGCGCCUCGCCGCCGCGGACGACGCUGGGGGCGCGGCGGGUGCGGGCGCGGCCACGGCUGCGGUUGAGUUCAUGGGGGCCGGCAGCGCAGGCGCAGGCGUGGGCAUGGGCGCAGGCGCGAGCGCACUGCUGGGUCUGCAGGAGCGCGCCGGGUCCUCGGGGACAGCCACGAGCGUGAGCCUGACGCCUAGCACAAGCGGCGGCAGCCUGCUGGCGGGCGCCGCAGCCUCGGCCUCUGGCGGCGCCCUUGGCGCCGCCGGACCGCCGCCCAGCUCUGGCGCAUCUAGCAGCGGCGCUCCCGCCGCCAGCACCGCAGCGGCGGCGGCAGCAGCGGCACUGACGGUGCUGCGCGCGGCGCUGAUGGCCGGCGCCGCUGCGGCGCCGGGCGGCGCGGUGGACGAGGCGUCGGUCCUCGGCCGCGACGCCGCGGGCGUCGCUGCGCGCGCCGCUGCGCACCCGCUCGCGCGGGGGCUGCCGGCGCGGCGGAUUGCAGAGCUGGCGCUCUGCGCGGCGCGGCGCGCGGCGGGGCUCUGGCCGGCGUGGCCGCGCGUGCUCGUGCCUGUCACUGGCUGCGCGGACCCCGAGCAUUCGGAGGAGCCGCGCUGCCCGCCAGAGCUGCUUUCGCACCUGUCUGCGCUCGCGGCCGCCGCCGUCGAGGUCGGCGGCGCGCAGGGGUCCGCGGCCUGA